CAUACUCGCCCCCCCUUCCCCUUUUCUCAUCCUCCUCUCCGCGUCAAGUCCAAGCGACCACCAGAGAUCUCUCUCGCGGGGCGGCCAGGUCCUCCCCAUCCCGCGGCCACCACCCACCUCCGAAUCUGCCUUCCCCAGAACCACCGCGACCCCUCUUUCUUUCCUUCUUCCUCCUCCUCCUCGUGCCGUCUCCAAGCUCCCUCCAGCUUGCGAGGCGAACUAUAAAUAGCGGCUUGGGAGCCUCUUCCUCUGCCAAGACGCAGCAAACAAACAGCACAUCGGAAGCCAAGCCCCAGGAAAGAGGAACGCACGAGCAGCAUAUGUCACAGAGGGCCAGCGUCCCACACUCCUCCUCCAUAGCCUUCGCCCUCCAUUCCCAUCUCCUCGUCUCCAGUGAGAUGUGCCCCAGCUCCUAUUGGCAGCAAUAGGAAUAGAAAAGAUUGCUCCUUUCUUUUGAGCUUUCUUGCAAUUUUGGUCUUCUUUCCUUUUGAUUUGGUUUCUUUCCGUCCGAUUUGUGAAGAGGAGGAGCAAUGGGGUUCAAGGGAUUUGUGGAGGGUGGCAUCGCGUCCAUCGUCGCUGGGUGCUCGACGCACCCGCUCGAUUUGAUUAAGGUGAGGAUGCAGCUGCAGGGGGAGGCGUCGGCGGCGGCGGCGGCGGUCGCGCCGGCGCAGGCGGCGCUGCGGCCGGCGCUGGCGUUCCACGCGGGGCAGGCCGUGGCGAUCCCGCAUGACGUGAUUGCGCCGCCGAGGAAGCCCGGGCCGAUAGCCGUCGGCGCGCAGAUCCUGCGGGCGGAGGGCGCGGCGGGGCUCUUCUCCGGCGUGUCGGCCACCAUGCUGCGCCAGACGCUCUACUCCACCACCCGGAUGGGGCUCUACGACAUACUGAAGAAGAAGUGGACCCAGGAGAACGGCGGCGUGCUGCCGCUCCACCGCAAGAUCGCCGCUGGGCUCAUCGCCGGCGGGGUCGGCGCCGCCGUGGGGAACCCGGCCGACGUCGCCAUGGUGCGGAUGCAGGCCGACGGGCGGCUCCCGCUCGCCGAGCGCCGGAACUACCGCAGCGUCGGGGACGCCAUCGGCCGGAUGGCGCGCGACGAGGGCGUCCGCAGCCUGUGGCGCGGGUCGUCGCUGACGGUGAACCGCGCCAUGAUCGUCACGGCGUCGCAGCUGGCCACCUACGACCAGGCCAAGGAGGCCAUCCUGGCGCGCCGCGGCCCCGGCGCCGACGGGCUGGGCACGCACGUCGUGGCCAGCUUCGCCGCGGGGCUCGUCGCCGCCGCGGCGUCCAACCCCGUGGACGUGGUGAAGACGAGGGUGAUGAACAUGAAGGUGGCGCCCGGCGCGCCGCCGCCCUACUCCGGCGCCAUCGACUGCGCGCUCAAGACGGUGCGGUCGGAGGGCGUCAUGGCGCUGUACAAGGGGUUCAUCCCCACCGUGUCGCGCCAGGGCCCCUUCACCGUCGUGCUCUUCGUCACGCUCGAGCAGGUGCGCAAGGUCUUCAACGGCGUCGAGUUCUAAAGGCCACCGCCACGAUGAUGACGACGAACAAUCCACCUCUAGUAUUACUUCUGCUAGUACUACCUCUGCUGCUGAUGCUGCUGCUAUGAAUAAUUACUACUACAGCCUGGUUGAGAGAUUGUACCUUAGCCUGCCUCCCCAUGGCAUAUGUUCCUUCUGUUCCUGCAUUCGAACGAAUUUGGAUGGAUUUGAUCAAAAACUUCAAUGGAAUCCGCAUUUUUAAA